GACAGAGCCAUGUUCAGUCUGAAGCCACUUCCACUUGUGCUCUUGCUCCACAUGCAGCUUUCCAGGGCCUUUCCGAUAUCUUCUGAAUCCCCAGGAGAAAAAGACAUAAAAGUUGUUCAGAGAUACCUAGAGAACUUCUAUCAGUUACCAAAGGACAGAUUCCAGUUGGAAAAGAAGAAAAGCACUAGUGUGAUUGUUGAAAAGCUGAAAGAAAUGCAGCAGUUCUUUGGGUUGAAGGUGACGGGGAAGCCAGAUGAGGAAACUCUAGAGAUGAUGGAAAAGCCUCGCUGUGGAGUGCCUGAUAGUGCUGGUUUUAUGUUGACCCCAGGAAGCCCCAAGUGGAAACAUACUAACCUGACCUACAGGAUCAUUGACUAUACCCCACAAUUGUCAAAGACUGAUGUAGAAACAGCAAUUGAGAAAGCCUUUCAAGUCUGGAGUGGUGCAACACGGCUGACCUUCACCAAGCUCUCCCAGGGAGAAGCAGAUAUCAUGAUCGCUUUUGUCCAAAGAGAUCAUGGUGACAAUUCUCCAUUUGAUGGGCCCAAUGGCAUCCUUGCUCAUGCCUUUCAGCCAGGCCCAGGCAUUGGAGGAGAUGCUCAUUUUGAUGCAGAAGAAAUAUGGACCAAGACUUCUAGAAAUUACAACUUGUUUCUGGUAGCUGCCCAUGAAUUUGGCCAUUCCUUGGGGCUUUCUCACUCCUCUGACCCUGGGGCCUUGAUGUAUCCCAAUUACGCUUUCAGUGAGCCCAGCACCUAUGUGCUCCCGCAAGAUGACAUCAACGGCAUUCAGGCCAUCUAUGGACUUUCAAACAAUCCGGUGCAACCAACUGGACCAAGCACACCCUCAACCUGUGACCCCAGACUGACCUUUGAUGCUAUCACCACACUCCGUGGAGAAAUAUUUUUUUUUAAAGACAAAUACUUCUGGAGAAGGCAUCCUCAGCUACGAAGAGUUGAACUCAAUUUUAUUUCUCUCUUCUGGCCAUCCCUGCCCAAUGGCAUACAGGCUGCCUAUGAGGAUGUGGACAGGGACCUUGUUUUCCUAUUUAAAGGAAGCCAAUACUGGGCUCUGAAUGGCUAUGACAUUCAGCAAGGUUAUCCCAAGGACAUAUCAAACUACGGCUUCCCACUCAGUGUCCAAGCAAUUGAUGCCGCUGUUUCCUACAGGAAAAAAACAUACUUCUUUGUAAAAGACCAAUUCUGGAGAUAUGAUAACCAAAGACAAUCCAUGGAUCCAGGCUAUCCCAAAAGCAUAGCAAGUACCUUUCAAGGAAUUGAAAAUAAAAUAGAUGCAGUUUUCCAGCAGGAUGAGUUCUUCCUCUUCUUCAGUGGACCAAGAUACUACGCAUUUAAUCUUAAUACUCGCACUGUGACCAGGGUUGACAGAAGCAAUAAAUGGCUUAACUGCAGACAAAAGUGAUGCAAAAUCAGAAUGUGUUUUCACAGAUUUUCUGAAUAGAGAAGGAAAG